CAGGCGCACUCACGUUUGACAACUUUACAUUUUCUUCAAAGCAGCGGUUAUAUCAAGAUAAACGAACGUUGUUUUAAUGUUAUACUGCACAAUGGAGGUUGCGUUUCCGCGCGAUACAAACUCAAGUGUCAGCAACAAGGAGAAAAACGCUGUAUUUGGUGCUGCUCACCUCUUGUAAUAUGAACACGCUUGAUCAUUUUACAAAUUAAAAGUUUACAGUUAGCUCAAAUGACUUUUUAGCGUCGACAUCCGAUAAGGAAGUAUAGCGGUCUGGCCAUAAAUGACUACAAAAAAAACAACUGAUGGACAGGAUAUGAGACACACCGAACUCAGGAAAGAUUGUUUAUAACAGCGAUUGUUACUCAUUUGGACCCACUGAGAGAAGCAUUAAUCCAACUAACAUUAGAGAUUGGCCUAAAAGACCAUGACAACCUCAGAGCCAAUCAAAUUUCGAGUGUUAUCUCUCAACUGCUGGGGGAUUCAAUACCUCAGUAAGAAACGCCAGGAGCGCUUUGUUCUGAUUGGAGAGCUGCUGAAUCAGGAAGAGCUGGAUGUAGCAUUACUGCAGGAGGUCUGGUGUGAGAAAGACUUCCUGUAUUUAAAGAAGAAGCUCAGCACUGUAUAUCCACAUUCUCAUUAUUUUAAAAGUGGAUUUUUUGGGAGCGGACUUGCUGUGUUUUCAAGACAUCAAAUCCAUGAUGCCUUUCUCUACAGAUACUCUUUGAACGGAUAUCCAUAUAUGGCUCAGCAUGGCGACUGGUUUGGUGGUAAAGCUGUGGGGAAGGUCUUGCUGAACAUCAGUGGGCUGAAGGUUCAUGUCUUUGUCACUCAUCUGCAUGCAGAGUAUUGCAGAGAGAAAGAUUCGUAUCUCUCGCACCGCGUGGUUCAAGCCUGGGAGUUGCAACAGUUUAUAAGGCACACUAGCGCUGGAGCAGACGUGGUGAUUCUGGGUGGAGAUCUAAACAUGCAUCCGGAUGAUCUGGGCACCAGACUGCUGAGAAACUACACUGGACUGCAGGACAGCUUCACUGAGGCUGCUACAUUUGAUGGGUGCGAGGGAGGACUCACUCAUAUAUCUGAAAACCCGUUCACACUUGCGGAUGGACUCGCUCCAUUUGGCGGAGGGAUCCGAAUCGACUAUAUCAUGUUCAAGGGAUCAGGGGAAGUGGAUGUGAGCUGCGAGUCUUUGUCCACUACUAAGGGUCCUGUUCCUGGACAGCCGUUUCCGUACUCUGACCACGAGGCUCUCACUGCCCAGUUCCUGUUUACACCAACUAAAAAGGGGAAUAAAUGUGCAGAAAACAAAUCCGGCUGUGUUUUAGAUGAUCUUCCUGAGCUGGUCAACACAGUAAAUGAAGCUCGUACUGAAGUAAAGGUGGGUCUGCACUGCUCUGAGGGCAUGCGCUACACCGCGGCCCGUACAGGAAUCAUGGGUCUUGUCCUGUUAAUACUGGAGCUGGUCAUCGCCGCCAUCCCGUUGUUUGCUCUUGGAGCCGAACAGCCCUUUCCUAAAGCCACCUUCUACCUGCUGGGGGCGCUGUGCUUUGCCAUCCUGCUCUCCACACUGAUGCUGUACAUCUUCUACAGUAUGGAGGUGAAGGCACUGCAGGGCACUGAGGACCAGAUGAGACUAGCAGUUAGUAGCCUUCAGGAACAGCUUAAGGAGUACCCCAAGGUUCUGUUCUCGGACCGUCAGCAAAAUCCACUCGAUUGCAAGAAUCUGGCUCAUUUGUAGAUUUUUAGCAAUGGAAUUAUAACUAAUAACUAAUAAUUAAUGGUUCAUAACUUAAUAAUAGGUAGGUAAUAAGCCAGUAGUUAAGUAGCCUUGAGGAACAACUUAAGAGGUCCCCUAAGGUUUUGCCCUCAUACUAUCUGUGAAACCCACUUGAGUGCAAUAAUUUGGCUCAUUUGCAGCUUUUUAGCAAUAAAAUCACACUCUAUAACUAGUAACGAACAGUUCAUAUCUUAAUAAUAGGAAGGUAAUAAGCCAGUAGUUAAGUAGCCUUCAAGGACAGCUUAAGUAGUCCCCCAAGGUUCUGUACUCGGACCAUCUGCAAAACCCCCUUCAAUGCAAGAAUUUGGCUCAUUUGAAGCUUUUUAGCAAUGGAAUCAUACUUUAUAACCUGUAAUAAACAGUUCAUAUCUUAAUAAUAGGCAGGUAAUAAGCUGUUCCUGAAGGAUACUUAACUACUGGCUUAAGGAAUCCCCCAAGGCUCUGUCCCCGGACCAUCAGUGAAAUCACCUCGAUUACAAGAAUCUGGCUCAUUUGUAGAUAUUUAGUAAUGGAAUAAUACCUAAUAACUAGUAAUAAACAGUUCAUAUCUUAAUAAUAGGCAGUUAAUAAGCUAGUAGUUAAGUAGCCUUUAGGAACAGCCUUAAGGAGUCCACAAAGAUUUUGCCCUUGAACCAUCUGCCGAAAUCCACUCGAGUGCAAAAAUUUAGCUUAUUUCUAUAUAUUUAGCAAUUAAAUCAUUAUUUAUAACUAGUGAUGAAGAGUUAUGUCUUAAUAAUAGGCAUGUAAUAAUCCAGUAGAUAUAUAGCCUUCACAAACAGCUUAAGGAGUACCCCAAGGUUCUGCCCUCGGACCGUCUGCGAAGUCCACUCGAGUGCAAGAAUUUGGCACACUUGUAGCUUUUUAGCAAUGGAAUCAUACUUUAUAACUAGUAAUGAUAUGUUAAUAUCUUAACAGCUUAAGGAAUACCUCAAGGUUUUGUCAACGACCCGUCUGCCUAAUCCACUCGAAUGAAAGAAUUUGCCUCAUUUGUAGCUUUUUGGCAAUGGAAUCAUAUUUUUUAACUAGUAAUAACCAGUUAAUAUCUUAACAAUAGGCAGGUAAUAAGCAAGCAGUUAAUAACCUUUAGCAACUUCGUAAGGAGUCCCCCAAGGUUCUGUCCUCGGACUAUCUGAAAAAUGGACUUGAGCACUAAAAUUUGGCUAAUUUGUAGCUUUUUAGCAAUGGAAUAAUGUUUUAUAACUAGUAGUGAUUAGUUAAUAUCUUAAUAAUAGGCAGGAAAUAAGCAAGUAGUUAAGUAGCAUUUAGAAACAGCUUAAGGAGUCCCUCAAGGUUCUGUCCUGCAAAAUCCACUCGAUGGCAAGAAUUUGGCACAUUUGUAUCUCAUUUUCUACUGGCUUAUUAUCUGCCUGUCAUUGAGAUAUUAAUUGUUCAUUAGUAGUCAUGACUUUUAAUUAUGUGAAGGAUGCUGGGCCAGAUUUAUGAAGUCUUAACACUUGUCAGGUUUUAAUAACUAUGCAGCUUUUUCACAAUGUUUGUGAAAACAAGGUGAUCAUGGCAGAUAUAAUUCACGUUUAAGGGAGCUUUGGGUUUCAUUCAAGGGCCUCAGCAAACUUCCAAAAGAAGUGUAGAAUUAGUACAAAAAAAAAAAAAAAA